GCAGGCCCCGCUGAGGCCGCUGGCGCCGCCCGCCGCGCCGAGGCCAGCCGAGAACGACGGCCGCGCCGGGAUGGCUCCCUUGAAGAAACAGGAUCGCCUGCAGGGCCCGCGGAGGGAGGCGGAGGACACCAGAGGAGGCGAAGGAAGAGGAGGAGCAGGAGGAAGGACGCUAGGGGGUGGUGGAGGAGCAGGAGGAAGGACGCUAGGGGGUGGUGGAGGAGCAGGAGGAAGGACGCUAGGAGGUGGUGGAGGAGAAGGAGGGACGCUAAUAGGAGGAAGAGGAGGAGGAAGAGAAUCCGCGGCAGACAUUGGGCCGCCUCCGAAGUCCAUCCUGAAGGGCCCCGUCUUGGCUCGCGCAGGAGGAGCAGGGGGGAGGAGGAGGAGGAGGAGGAGGAGGAGGAGGAGGAGGAGGAGGACCUGGUCAGCUAGCACCAGCUCAAGGCAUCGACCGAAUGGCGCUCCUGCAACCCAAGGAGGUCAAGAACAUCAGGUUUGACUUCAAAACGGACGACCUCCAGUUCCAUUCGUCUGAGGAGGACUAUGAGGACGAGGAGGAGAUGGAAUUGGAGGAAGAAGAGGAGAUGCUUGAGGAGGAGGAGGAGGAGGAGGAGGAAGAGUAUUAUGAGGAAGAGGAGGAGGAAGAGGAGUUUGAUAGCGAAGCUGAAGACCCGGAAGAGGAGGCCCUGUUGAAAGCCAGAGGAGUGAUUGAUGACUACAGUGACGACCAGGGUUUGGUCCUGAAUGAUGCCUCCGACCUCCUCCCCUCUGCCCCCCAAGCUAAGCCGAGGUCCGUGCCAUCUAGUGCCGACCCCUGGGCAGGCGACCCUUCCGCUGGAACCCCCAACAGGGACUCAGGUGCCUCUCGAGACCCCCUGAAGGAGUUUCGUAGACAGAAGGAGGAGGACCAGAGAAAGCAGGCUGUGGAGGCAGGCAAAGGCAAGGCUGAGCAGACUCCUCAGGGAAAGCAGCCAGCCAAGGCACAAGCCACAUCCCCUGGCACUCUAGCCAAACAGGUUCAGAAUCCACAGCCUAAGCCAGCCACCUCACAGACCCCAGCCCCUCAGGGACUUCAGAAACCUCAACCAGCAGCAGCUAGACCACCUGCAGCCACACCAGGCCAGCAGGGAACAGCGUCUGAGAGCAAGGGAAAGCCGAUGGAGAGCCAGACAAAGCCCUCUGAUCCCAUCAAGAAGCCUGAGCCCCCUCUGCCACCAGAGGACAGGAAGCUUGAGCUUGAAGGAGCCCCCAAGCAGCGCAAGACGAACCCCCUUGACCGUGUAGUGGCCAAGCUCAGUGGGAGGACAGAGCCCAAAGAACCUCCUCAAGCUACAGCUCAAGCCAGCAGUGCAGGGAAGGCAGUGCCAAAGCCGUCAGAAAUGACACCAAAGAACCUGACUGUGAACCUGAAUAAACUCAUGGAGGGUGAAGAAACAGAGGAGGAGGAGAGCCAGGCUGCUGCAAGUAAAGAAGAGCAGAAAGUGAAUGUAGAUUAUGCUGAAAUACAGAGGAAAAUUCAAGAAGAGGCGUCUAAGUUCCGCGUGGCUGAGGAACAGAAGAUCCACAAGCAACAAGAGGAGGAUUUGAAAGCACUUAGGGAAAGACUCAGCCAGGAAUUCAGAGAUAUGGAGGAAAAGAUAAAGAAGGAAAAUGCAGCCACACUCCAGAAAUAUCAAGAGGAGGAGAAGAAGAAAACUCAGUCGGCACGGAAGCAGCUCGAGACGCAGCUUCAGGCGGACCACAAGAAGAAGACGGAGGAGAUAAAAGCCCGCCUGGAAAAGGAGGCUGAGGAGGAGAGGGAGAGAAUGGCCAAAGACUUGAGGAAGGAGAACGAGAAGGAGGUGGAGAAGAUUAAGUUGGUGUAUGUCCAAGAAAUGCAGAAGAAGAAGGAGGAGAUGCAGUUGGAACAUGAAGAGGAGAUGCAAGAGCUGGAGAAGGAACUGAAGGCACUGUAUCAGGAGCAGAAGGAGGCAGCGCAAGCAGAAGUCAAGGCGACAAAAGCUGCUAUUGCUACCAGGAACAGUAAUGAGGCAGCAGCAGUGGCAGACCUGGAGCGCAGCCUGACAGAAGUGUUGCGAGAACGGCAGGCUGACCUGAAGAGGGAGCACCACAAGCAGCUGACUGUCCUCCGUGACGAGCUGGAGGAGGAGCUCGAGAUGGCAGCAAGACAAGCUAAAGAGAAGGAAACUGCUGAGAAAAAGGCCCAUGCAGCUAGACUAGCACGUCUUAAGGAAGACCAUGAAGCAGAGGUUCGUCAGAGUGAAGAAACUCAUGAGCAAGACAUAAAGGAUUUAGAGAUGCAACAUGAGGAGGACCUGGCCAAGCUCAAGGCUGACUUCAAGGCAGAACUCACCCUUCAGAAGACAGAACUGGAGAACAAGCUGACAGAGUUUAGAAUAGAAUAUGAGCAGAGGAUGAGCAGUAUGGAGAAUGGAGAAGAGAAUGGUGGUGAGGAAGAGAUUGAGAGGGAAGACUUUGUGAAUGAGGAUUCCUUACAGUCCCAGAGCAAUGUCAGAGAGAGAAAGGCUGGUAGCGUCACCAGUGUAAAGGCAGGGAGGUUAAAGGAUGAGGAGAAGAAGUAUGACCAGAUCCUGAAGGAGUUACGAGACAGGAGGAUGAGUCUGGAGGAGGACCUGGAAGAGUUGAAAGCACAGGAGAGCAAAGUGAAGGAACUCAAGAAGCAAAAGCAGGUGAUAGACCCUUCCAGUUGCUGUGAGGCGGGUGCUUGUCUCCAUGAAUCCAAGUACAAAAAAAUGAAAGCCAGAUACUCCUCCUUAGUCAGUCGCAUCAAGUCUGAAAAGGCCAAGAAGUCUCGAAAGAUGGCCGCAGCUGAGGAGAUGAGUAGCCUUGAUAUGCACUCGCUUUCAGGAGACAGAAAUAGUACUGAAAGCCAAUUGAAUGUGUCUGAUGGGGGGCAGCAGUCUGACAUAACAUCUAGCCUGCUGUCGAGCCCCAAGCCUUCUCCACAUCACAUCAAAAGCACAAGCGAGGCCAGUGAGGAUGAGUUGCAGCUGGCUAUGCAGGUCAUGGAGAAAUACAGCAGAAUUUCAGAUUACAGCCCUGCUCCUCCCUCACACUUGUCCACUGUAAAUGGCAGCUUGAAGCAUACAAUGACCAAACCAAUGGUAAGCACCCCUAAAAAAGCUUGGCUGGAAGAUGACUUACUGGCACAUGGCCGGAAAGUGCUGAGCAAGACGGAGAAGUUUCUAAGAGCAAAUCAGCUCAGAGACCACUCAGGAAACAGAGACAUAAAAGCAGAAGACAUUCAGAGGGAGAUUCUGCGCCAGAAUGCAGACUUCGAAACGCUUCCUUCGAGAAAGGUAUUGCGUUUGUCCAUUGGGUUUUCAUCUUUUAAGCAGUGUUUUGUUGUCAGCUUAUGUUUUAGCUGAUUGAGUUGUGCCUUUAAGCUUGUAAUAGAAAAAGGCUUAAAGAAACAUAAUGAUACUUUUUGUCAAUAUGAAUAAGAUAAUGAAGUACUCAUUAAAUAUGAUUCACUCCUGAAAAAAGUUUUCUUUUUUUCUUUAAUGUUAGCUAAUAUAUUCCUUUGUUUGAUCAACAUCAUUAUUCAGCUAUUGUGAAAAUAUAUAAAAAUACACUGAUUCAUUACUCAAUACCUAGGAAGAUAAGCCAGAAAUUUAUUAGGUUAUAUAUAUUUUUAAAAUAAAUAUGAGGAAUAUUCAUAGUAGAACAAUUCAAAUCAUUUAUAUCCACUUCUGCUUAUUAUUUGAAGUCUGUGUAAUUUUCAAGUGUAUUUUUUGUGCAUUAACGUAGUUAUAACUGAAUAAUUUUUGUUAUAGAAUUGAUAAAAAAAAAAAAAAAAAUUAAGUAUUGAAGAUUUUAAUGAAGCAUUUAAACUUAGAAACAAGAUGGUUGAAUUGUUAAAGAAUUUUUGACCUAUUUCUUUUUUUGACCUCUCUCCUGCCCGUUAUGCUUUUGUUUUGAGUAAUACAAACUGAUAAGAAUAUUUGCUUGUGAACUUGUGAAUUAGAGAUUGCUGUUAAAAUUUUGUAAAAUGUGAAAAGUAUAUGUUGUAAGUUCAGCAAAAUCUGGUAUAUCCUUAAAAAAAAAAAA